AGAGAGAAGGAGCACAGACAGCUCCCUCUCUGUUUUGUUGGCUCAAAGGCAGAUCUACUAGAUUAAAGUGAUGACCUGCUUUUAUUCCUGCCAUGGGACCCACUGAAGGAAAGUUGUGACAGAGGUAUCACUAAUAGUUAAAGCCAUGGCUAUGAAGAGGAUUGUGUUCCUCUUGGCUGGUUUGGCACAAUUAUGUGGGUCUCAGGUAGCAAGUUCUCAUGGGAAAACAUUUGUCACAGCUUUCAUGCAAAACAAUCAGAAAAACCUUGCAAAUGAACCCAGUGCUAAGCAUGAACUCCUUAUUACUGGCUAUUCUCCUAAAACCAUGGUGAGAGUUACAAUAGGUAAAUCUAUGUAUCGGAGAACCUUCCCUCUCAAUGAAGGGCGGACAGUGACAAUAAAGCUUCCUAACACCAUAGAAUUGUUGGGGACUGAGCUCUUUGAUGGGACUGUGUUAAUCGAAGCUGAUAAGGAUAUCUCCAUCUUGGCUCGCAGCCAUGAUGGGUCUUCUGUUGGUAGUACAGUACUUUAUCCAGUUCAGCAGCUUGGCACACUAUAUUAUGUAGUAACCCCAGUGGGUGACAAAGCAAAUACUUUCAAGGAAUUUGUGGUUGUAGCCUAUGAAACUUCCACCAGAAUAAAUAUUUCCCUGACAGGGGCUGUGACAUACAAAGGCAAUGGUUAUCCUUCUGGAAGCAGGCUUGUUGCUCACCUUGAAGCCUUCCAAGCAAUCCAGCUCCAAAGCUCAGAUGAUUUGACUGGCACCAAAGUUGAAUCGGAUGAACCAGUGGCAGUUUUGAGUGGACACAGCUGUGCCCAGGACAAUAAAGCCUGUGACCAUGUUGUUGAACAACUCUUGCCCACCCCCAGUUGGGGUUCUUUCUUCAUUGUCCCUCUGUUGUCGUUCCAAAAUAGACAUGGCACUGUGUAUGUAGUAGCCUCUCAAAACACUUUCAUCAAAUACCAACAUGGCCAUAUAGAGAAGUCCCAGGACAUGGAAGCUGGACAAGUUCUCCAGUUGGACCAUCAGUCUUCUGAACCAAUGUACAUUUCGGCUAACAAUGGAAUCCAGGUCCUUUUCUCUGCUGUUGGUGCUGCGGAUCAAGACUAUGGCUCUUCUCUCAUAAACAUUCCAGCAGUAACAAGCUAUUGUGUGUCCCACAACACUGGCGGAAUGAGUCAGUAUGACAGAUUUGCUGUCAUCAUAGCCAAAACCUCAGAAUCCAGUGGGAUCAUGUUAGAGAAGGAAGGCAUUGGAACCCUACAGUGGAGACCAGUCCCAGACACAGAAUAUUCUUGGGCUGAACACAGUUUGAGCAAAACAGCAGAUGUAUUCUCCCUAGAACAUCCCAGUACUCCUUUUGGGCUUUUCAUCCUUGGAGUCUCACAGAAUGAUGGCUCAGGUUCAAUGGCAGUUUGCACCACUGGUGAGCCAGUUGCUUCAUGCAGCUUGAUCCAGUGCAGGAAGGAGGAGAUGUGUGAGAUCCAAGACAAACGUCCAGUGUGUGUGGCAGGGUCUGAAUCCACUUGUUGGGCCCAGGGAGAUCGCCAUUAUCACACCUUUGAUGGGAGGAACUUUGACUUCAGAGGCAGCUGUACCUACACCAUUGCCAAGACUUGUAGCCUGGAUGGUGAUGUUCCUUCCUUCAGCAUUGAAGCCAAGAAUGAAUACAGAGGCAAUACUCAUGUUUCUUAUGUUGGUUUACUGACAGUUACUGUCUAUAACAUCACCAUCUCUAUCACCAGAAAUGAGAUUGGAUUUGUGAGGGUGAAUAACCAGCGAUCCCGCUUGCCCAUCUCCAUGCAUGAAGGGAAACUCCGUCUCUACCAGAGUGGGGGUGCUAUCCUGAUGGAGACUGACUUCUCCCUGAAGGUCUCCUAUGACUGGGAUGACUCUUUGGUGAUCACAAUACCAAGGAUGUUUUCAGACAGUGUGUGUGGCCUUUGUGGGAACUACAACAAUGAUCCUGCUGAUGAUUUCACCACUCCCAGUAGAACCCUGGCCUUCAGUCCAGUGGAGUUUGGGAGCAGCUGGAAGGUGGACGAUGGAGACAGGUUCUGCUGGGAUGACUGCCCAGGGGGUUGCAAAAGCUGCUCUCCAGAACUAAUCAGCAAAUAUACAGCAGAACCAUUCUGUGGCUGGAUCAGCAAAGGAGGGAGCGGCCCAUUCAGCCAAUGCCAUGCUGUGAUCAGUCCUGAGAUCUUCCUGGAAAACUGUGUCUAUGACAUCUGCAUGAAUGAUGGCCUCAAAGAAGUGCUGUGUGAGGCCCUAAAGAACUAUGCAGAAAUUUGCCAGAAAGAGGGAAUUGCUGUUUCUGACUGGAGAAUGGCCACUGGAUGCUCCUCCUUCGUCUGCCCUGCAAACAGCCAACACAAGGCCUGUGGACCUGCAUGUCCUACGACCUGCAAUGAUGAGUCUCUUCCCAGCAGCUGUGCCUCAUUGCCUUGUGUGGAGACCUGCCAGUGCAAUGAAGGCUUUGUUUGGGAUGCUGGGAAAUGCAUCCCCAGGGCUGACUGUGGGUGCCUCUUUGAGGAGAAGCUCUUCUCUCCUGGGGAGCAAUUCUGGGAAGAUGGCAGCUGCACAAGGCACUGCACCUGUGACCCAGAGACCAAACGGGUGACCUGCCAGGCAGCCAGCUGCAGGAGUGGGGAGCAGUGCAGGGUGGAGGAUGGCAUCCAGAAUUGCUAUCCCACCGAUUAUGGCACCUGCUAUGCUUCAAGGGGCACGCAUUACAGUACUUUUGAUGGGCAAAGGUUCAACUUCCAGGGCACCUGUGUAUAUCAGUUGGCAGGUCUCUGCGAGAAGGGGAGAGAUCUGGUGGAUUUCCAGGUUCUUGUCCAAAAUAGCCAUCAAAUCAGCCAUUCUGCAACCUUCCUGAAAAUGGUGGAAAUCAGGCUUGAUGGAACAGUGAUUGUGAUUAAUAGAGAACACCCAGGAAAAGUCGUGGUGAAUGGCUUUUUGACCAACCUGCCUUACAGGACUGGAAACGGGAAGAUGCUCAUCUAUAGGAGAGGGCAAGAGGCAGUUGUUCAGACUUAUUUCCACCUGACAGUCACCUUUGAUUGGCAAAGCCAUGUCACUGUAACAGUGCCCAGCACUUAUGCCAGUGCCCUUUGUGGUCUCUGUGGGAACUUCAAUGGCAACAAACUUGAUGAGAUGAUCAUGAAAGAUAGAGAAGUGACCCUGAAUCCAUCAGCUUUUGGUCAAAGCUGGAAAAUACGGGAGGUACCAGGCUGUACUGAACUGGACAAAGAAGAGUGUGCUGGGCUGUCAACCCUUACAAGCCGCCAGCGGCGUCUUGGGAGGGACUGUGGGCUCAUCCUGUCCAAGAGAGGUCCCUUCCAAGAGUGUCACAGCAGAAUUGAUCCUGAGGAAUACUUCCAAGAUUGUGUGUAUGAUUCCUGCUUCUUCAAAGGCCAACAAGCUGUGAUCUGCCAGGCCAUUGCCAACUAUGCAGCAGCCUGCCAGGCAACUGGGGCAACCCUUGAGGCUUGGAGAUCUGACACCUUCUGCAGUAUUUCAUGUGGCCUGAAUAGCCACUAUGAGCUCUGUGCUCGCAGCUGUGCCCAGAGUACUUGUGGCAGCAUCUCUGUCCCACUCCCUUGUUCAUCCAAAUGCCAGGAAGGCUGUGUUUGCAAUGAGGACUUUGUGCUGAGUGGAGACCAGUGCAUCCCCAUGUCCCAGUGUGGAUGCCUCUAUCAGGAUCACUAUUACUUGGCAGGAGAGACUUUCUACCCAACAUGCCAGAAGCGUUGUGUGUGCCAGCCUGGAGGGAGCGUGAAGUGUGAAGCUGUCUCCUGUGGGCCUGAUGAAGAAUGCAGGUUGCUUGAUGGCAUCCAGAAAUGUCACCCGACUGGCAACGCUACCUGCUCAGUUUUUUGGCAACCCUCACUAUCUUACCUUUGAUGGGCUGUACUUUAAUUUCCAAGGGACCUGUGCAUACACCUUGGCUACAACUAGUACAGAAGAUGAGAGACUGAAUCCAUUCACAGUGAAUGUGGAGAAUGAGUCCAAUGGUG